UCGACCAACUAAUUUGCGAUUGGUUUCAGCAUGUCCAAAAUCCUCAAGUGUGCAGCUAACGAUGACAUCAUCACAAUGAAGGCCCAGGAUAACGCAGACACCGUCACAUUCAUGUUCGAAUCGCCCAACCAGGAAAAGGUCUCCGACUAUGAAAUGAAGCUGAUGAACCUUGAUCAGGAACAUCUUGGCAUUCCAGAAACAGAUUAUGCGUGUGUUAUCAAAUUGCCUUCUGGGGAGUUCGCACGUAUCUGCAGAGAUCUUAGUCAGUUUGGAGAGAGCAUUGUCAUUGCCUGCACAAAGGAAGGAGUCAAAUUCUCUGCAGCAGGAGAUAUUGGUACUGCAAACAUCAAGCUGGCACAGACCUCCAGUGUAGACAAAGAGGAGGAGGCAGUCGUUAUUGAGAUGCAGGAGCUGUCACGCUCACCUUUGCUUGCAGAUACCUGAACAUGUUCACAA